GAAACAAGCUUAAGGCUCCUGAGCUCCAGAAAGAUUCAAGAAGGAGAAAGCGUCAACCUUUUGCUGCAAAUGAGUGUAUUGUUGACAAUUUUUGUGACUGAAUAGCAUUGGUUGUUGUCAUGGGCUGUGGAAGCUCGAAGAGAAUCAAACGUGUCCCCGGUUAUGAAGACCCAAAUGUUCUUGCUGCCGAAACACCUUUUACGGUUAGUGAAGUAGAGGCCUUGUAUGAGCUUUUUAUGAAACUAAGCAAUUCGAUAAUUGCCGAUGGGCUUAUUCACAAGGAAGAGUUUCAGCUUGCCCUCUUCAGGAACAAAAAUCAGAGGAAUCUUUUUGCAGACAGGAUUUUUGAUUUGUUUGAUAUCAAACGUAAUGGGGUCAUUGAGUUCGGGGAGUUUGUUCGAUCAUUGGGUGUCUUUCACCCCAAUGCACCCGUGGCUGACAAAAUAGCAUUUGCUUUCAGGCUUUAUGACCUAAAACAAACCGGCUUUAUCAUGCGUGAGGAGUUGAAGGAAAUGGUUUUGGCACUUUUGCAUGAAUCAGAUUUAGUUAUUUCAGAGGAUGCUGUUGAAACAAUUGUGGAUAAGACAUUCAGUGAAGCAGACACGAAAGGUGAUGGCAGAAUUGAUCCAGAAGAGUGGAAAGCAUUUGUAUCAAAAUAUCCAUCUCUCAUAAAGAUCAUGACUCUCCCAUAUUUGAAGGAUAUAAGCCUUGCAUUCCCCAGUUUCGUGGUUCGGACUGAGAUUGAAGAUUCAGAACUCUGUGUCGACGGCAAUGGAGAUUAAUACCGGACUUUGUCAAAAUGUUUUACGCUAAUCUCAUCGAAUUAUGAAGCUGAGGAACCUGAGGUAUGAAGAACGAAGAUCAAACAGCUGUUGAAUUGUUCUUAAAAUUCUGAGGUCAGCACUCUCGUCUGUACACAGCCGUCUAAUGUUUCUCCGAGUGUUCAUUGUUGUUGAGCAUCACAAAAUUUUGUAAUAAAGACAGUUAUUUCUCUCUUUUAGAUAUAUUUUCAAUCCAAUCCUUGAAAU